UUCAAACUCCCUUCUUCUUCAUCAGCCCAAAGCCACACCAUGAGCAUUCUCCCUCAAGCUCAUGCUCAAGCUCUAGAGAAGACUCUCCCAGAUGCUUGGGACUACACCGGCAAACCCGCYUCCCGGGCCAGAACCGGUGGCUGGGUCGCCGCUGCCAUGAUUCUAGGGACUGAGGCCGUGGAGAGGCUGACGACGUUGGGGAUCGCCGUGAAUUUGGUGACGUAUUUAACGGAAACAAUGCAUCUCGGGAAUGCUACUUCGGCCAACGAUGUCACGAACUUCCUCGGCACUUCCUUCAUGCUCUGUUUGCUCGGCGGUUUUGUCGCCGACACUUUUCUCGGCCGGUAUCUCACCAUUUCCAUUUUCGCAGCUGUUCAAGCCACGGGUGUAACUAUCUUGACAAUCUCCACCAUAAUUCCAAGUCUCCGACCUCCAAAAUGUUCACCGGAACUCACCAACACCCCAUGCAUUCCGGCGAACGGCAAGCAGCUGGCUAUUCUCUACCUAGCACUAUACCUGUUGGCGCUCGGCACCGGCGGCCUAAAAUCGAGCGUCUCCGGCUUCGGUUCCGAUCAGUUCGACGACUCCGACAAAGAGGAAAGAGGGAAGAUGAGCAAGUUCUUCAACUGGUUCUUCUUCUUCAUAAGCAUCGGCUCACUUGGAGCUGUGACAAUUCUCGUUUACAUUCAAGACAACGUGGGCAGACAAUGGGGUUAUGGGAUAUGUGCAUGUGCCAUUGUGUUGGGUUUGAUCGUGUUCCUGUCGGGAACUAGACGGUACCGUUUUAAGAAAUUGGUUGGCAGCCCGUUGACGCAGAUUGCCACUGUGUUCAUUGCAGCGUGGAAGAAGAGGAGCUUGGAGUUGCCGUCUGAUCCGUUUUUGUUGUUCGACAUUGAUGACAAUGUCGACGAUGGAGCUACGAAGAAGAAGAAGCAGAAGCUCCCCCGCACCAAACAAUUCAGGUUUUUGGACAAGGCAGCAAUCAAGGAUGGAGAAAUUGUUGGUAAUGUGGUAAAUAAGUGGAACAUGUCAACCCUAACAGACAUAGAGGAAGUAAAAUUAGUGAUUAGAAUGUUACCCAUUUGGGCAACCACCAUUCUUUUCUGGACUGUUUAUGCCCAAAUGACAACUUUAUCUGUGUCACAAGCCACCACAAUGAACCGGCACAUCGGAAAAUCGUUCCAAAUUCCAGCGGCCUCUCUCACCGUCUUCUUCGUCGCCAGCACCCUCUUCACCGUUCCGAUUUAUGAUCGAUUCAUCGUCCCAAUAACAUCGAAACUGCUUAAGAACCCACAAGGCCUGACCUCACUGCAGCGGAUCGGGGUCGGCUUGGUUAUGUCGAUACUCGCCAUGGUCACCGCCGCACUGACCGAGAUAAAGCGACUGAGGGCGGUGGAGGCAAAUGGGUUGGUAGAGAAGCCCUUGGAAGAAGUUCCAUUGAGCGUGUUCUGGUUGGCACCACAAUUUUUACUGGUGGGAUCAGGUGAGGCAUUCACGUACAUGGGGCAGUUGGAUUUCUUCCUGAGAGAGUGUCCCAAGGGGAUGAAGACAAUGAGCACAGGGCUAUUUCUAAGCACACUUUCAUUAGGGUUUUUCUUCAGCACAUUGUUGGUCACAAUUGUGCAGAAAGUGACUGCACAUGGGAAGCCAUGGAUUCCAGACAAUCUGAACAAAGGGAAGCUUUACAAUUUCUAUUGGCUUUUGGCAAUUUUGAGUGUGCUGAAUUUGGUGGUGUUUUUGUUUUGUGCAAAGUGGUAUGUGUACAAGGACAAGAGGUUGGCUGAUGAGGGGAUUGAAUUGGAGGACUCUGAACCAACUUUCCAUGCAUAGCAUAAUAAUAAUCACUCUCUCUUGUCUUCUUUUUUUUGUGUGGGUUUCUUAAGUAUAAGUAUAAAAGUUUUAAGCCCCUUUUUUAAUAUUGGGUUACCUUUUGCCUUUUUAAUAAUGUAAAGUUUGUAAAUUUUGAUGUACCAAAAGCAUGGGAAAGUGAG